GGACACAUCCAUUCUCACUAUUUAUAUAUGUUUAUGUCUGGAUAUUCUAUCAUAACAUUUGUAGCACAUAUCAACUUUCUUUCUUUUUAUAAAUCAUCCCUAAAUUCAAGCACCACACCAAUUCUCUAUUCUUAUUCCUUUAAUGGCUCCAAAUAGAGAAACCCUAAUGGGAUCCUACAAAACAAUCCAAAAGCCCGAAAAGCUCUCAUUAGAAAGUAUCCGAAAGACAAAAUCCGACAUCUCCUCGGAGCUUCAGCCCGUGUUAGAAGUAGAAGAGGCCAAAUGUGAGUGUUGUACCAUGUCCGAGGAAUGUAGUUCCGAGUACAUAAAUGGUGUUCGUGCUAAGUUCGCCGGACGUUUUGUCUGUGGUCUUUGCGCCGAGGCAGUGGGGGAGGAGGCAGAGAAGAACGGAGGGAAAAGAGAGGAAGCGGUUGAAGAGCAUGUAAGGGCGUGUACUAGGUUUAAUCGGAUCGAGAGGGCGUAUCCGGUGUUGUACCAAGCCGAAGCAAUGAGGGAGAUCUUGAAGAGAAGUAAUAGCUUGAGGGCUAAAUCAAUUAGCCCUAGGGAUAAAGGUGUUCGCCGGAAGGGUGGGAUUGAGAGGAGCUCGAGUUGUAUUCCAGCGAUCCUAAAUGAAAAGGAGAUGAAUGCAUGAUAGUUGAAUAUCAUUAUUAUCAACUUGAAAAUGAUAUAUAUUUAUAAUCUUUUGUACAAUAAUGUAACAUAGAACUAACAUAUAGUUAUAUGUUUGUUUGUUUUCUGAAAAAUAAUUAUAAAUUAGGUAUGAAAUAAAUAUCAUUGUCAUAUUAGAA